CAGAUGCUGAGGAGGUGAAAACAGCCGGAGGAACAACAGGUUUCGGCCGCCGACUGCGGAUGUUUUAAUGCGAAAAAAAAAAAAAAAAUCUGCACCAAAACCCCUCAGAGAGAAAGACGAGCCGAUGAAAGGUGCCAAAACCAGCUGAUGCUGCAGCCUAAUCAGGUCACCUGAGACUGAACACACACACACACACACACACACACACACACACACACACACACACACACACACACACACACACACACGGACAGACGGACGGACGGCCAACAUGGCGUCAGACCCGCCCAUCUUUACAGAGCAGCAGGAGCUGCAGAGGAGAGCCAAUCAGGUCACAGAUGAGUCCCUGGAGAGUACAAGGCGGAUGAUGCAGCUGGUUGAGGAGAGUAAAGAUGCCGGGAUCAGAGCUGUGGUUAUGCUGGAUGAACAAGGAGAGCAGUUGGAGCGUAUUGAGGAAGGCAUGGACACCGUCAACAGGGACAUGAAAGAGGCCGAGAAGAACCUGACAGACAUGGCCCAGUGCUGUGGUCUGUGUAUCUGGCCAAUCAGGAAACUGAAGGCCUUUGAGGAGAGCGGAGCGUACAAGGCAGUGUGGGGCGGAGGCUCCGGUCAGGAUGGCGUUGUGUCCAAUCAGCCGCCGUCGUCUCGGGUCUUGGAUGAGAGGGAGCAAAUGAUCAUGAGCGGAGGAUACAUACGGAGGGUGACUAACGAUGCCCGCGAAGACGAGAUGGAGGAGAACCUGACUCACGUCGGCAGCAUCAUCGGGAACCUGAAGAGCAUGGCCCUGGACAUGGGCAACGAGAUCGACACGCAGAACGUCCAGAUCGAACGUAUACAGGGAAAGGCUAUUCUCAACGUGUCCCGCAUCGACGCUGCCAACCAGAAAGCCAACAACCUCAUGAAACGAUAGAAGGAGCCUCUCUUCCGUUUUCUACUCUUUUUCUACUCUUUUUGUACUAAUUCAUCCUACUUGUAAUUAUGUUGCUUUUUGCAUGCUGUGCCAAAGUGUUUCUGCUGGUUAGUCUCUGCUUUUACAUAGGUCAUUUGUUGAUAGUUUUUUGAUAUUCCUAUGUUUCUCAUUAGCGAGGCGUUUCGUUACAGUGUGUCUCAUCUCAUGUUCCUAUUUUAGGCUACGUUCACACCGCAAGUCUUAAUGCUUAAUUUGG